AUGAAAGCCUCGUCCGUCGUACCGCUUUUGGCAUUAGCCUCUCAAGCUGAUGCCAGCAAAUGCCAGAUGCUCCAAGCCAAAUGUUGCGGCAAGCUCGCGGGCGACCCGGUCCUGCAAGGCAAGGUGCUCUUCCCUGGAGACAGCCAAGGGCGCAACGACGCCCGCCUGGCGUCGUAUUACUCGGCAAACGCCGCCCUGAGCCCCUGGUGUAUGGUGUUGCCCACCGAGACUCUGGAUGUCUCGAGGAUAGCCUCGAUCCUCCAGGAGAACGCGUGCCCCUUUGGCAUGCGCAGCGGCGCCCAUUCCGCCUUCUCGGGGUCCAAUGGCGUCUCGGAUGGUGUUACUGUCGAUUUUGGCUACCUCAAUGCCACCACAUACACGCCUGGCAGUGACAUUGCCAGCAUCCAGCCGGGCUCUGACUGGGGCAGUGCCUACGAGACUCUCGACCCCUUUGGCGUCACCGUCGUCGGCGGGCGUGCCUCCGUGGUCGGCGUCGGCGGCUUCAUCAGCGGUGGCGGGUACUCUUUCCACUCGGCCAAGUAUGGCUGGGGUGCUGAUACUGUCCGCAACUUUGAGAUUGUGCUUGCCAACGGCACUGUGGUCAAUGCCAACAAGGACGAGAACGCCGACCUGUGGAAGGCGCAGAAGGGCGGUUCUGGCAACUUUGGGUUCAUUACGAGGCUGGACAUGGAGGUUGUCGACACGAAUCAGCUAUGGGCCGGCAUCAUCGUUUACGACACGCCCGAAGUCGAGGCUUCGUGGCAGGCAUAUCUCGACUUUGUAGACAACAUGGGCAAUCAAGAAGCAGAGAGCCAGGCCCUCGUGGCCAUGGUCGCCAACGAGAAAACCAUCAGCCACACCGCACUCAUCUCCAACAGCCGCGGAGACCCCGAGCCCGAGACCCUGUCCGCCUUCCUGGCCCUGCCGAAUCUGUCGAGCACCAUCCAGCGUGACACCGUGGCGAAAGUGGUGCCUGCCUUCACUGGCCCGACACCUCUCGGUCUGUUCUCAAACUGGCUGGUCGAGCUGUACGCCAGCAACAUGGAAGUCCUGAGACACAUUGACGACACCCUCGCCACGUACACGGACAAGAUCCGCGCCGCAGCGCCGACCUCGGUCUUCCAGAUCCUCAUCGAGCUGCAGCCCGUGACCCCGUCCAUGGUCCGCCACAGCACAUCCAAGGGCGGCGGCGGCAACAUCCUCGGCCUGGAGCACGUGGUCGCGGCGGAGGGCGGCGGACCCGGCGGCAGUCCGGCAGUCAUGUUCCUGAUUGCGCUUACGGUCGACACGGCGGCGAACCAGGACAUUGUGCUGCCGCUGGUGCUCGAGUUCAGGGAUGCGGUCAACCAGAUCAUGACGACCGAGGGGUAUAACCGGGACUGGGUGUACGCGCCGUACGCAUGGAAGGGCCAGGAUCCGCUGUCGCGGUACGGUGCGGACAACGUGGCGCUCAUGCGUGACGUCUCUGCGCGGUAUGAUCCACAGGGGAUGUUCCAGGAACUGAGGGUUUCUGGGUUCAAGAUUCCCAAAGAUGUUGCGUAG